AUGUCAGAAAUCAACCUAGGCGUGACGUGCGAUAUGCACGUUCAUUUAAGGGAUGGUGCUAUGUGUCAACUGAUUACUCCUACCGUAAGACAAGGUGGUAUAUCUGUUGCCUAUAUCAUGCCUAAUUUGCAACCUCCCAUCACAACCAUCGAGAGAGUGGUUGAUUAUAAAAAGCAACUGCAGGCUUUAGCACCCCAAACCACCUUUUUAAUGAGCUUCUAUUUAUCAAAAGAUUUGACACCAGAACUAAUUCACGAAGCUGCAUCGAUAGGCGCCAUCGAUGGUGUUAAAUGCUACCCAGCCGGCGUGACAACCAAUUCCUCUUCCGGUGUUGAUCCAAAUGAUUUCAGCGCGUUUUACCCGAUUUUUAAUGCAAUGGAGCAGGAAGGACUUGUUUUAAAUUUACAUGGCGAGAAGCCUUCUACAGGUGAAAAUGGUAAUGAUAUUCAUGUUCUAAAUGCAGAAGAAUCCUUUCUACCAGCGCUAAAAAAACUGCACCAGGAUUUCCCAAAUUUGAAGAUUAUUUUGGAACAUUGCACUACUGCUGCUGCGAUUGAAACGAUAGAAAUGAUAAAUAAAGGAAUCACUGAUCCGGCAAAGAUCAAGGUUGCUGCUACAAUAACAGCACACCACCUGUAUUUAACCAUUGAUGACUGGGCAGGAAAUCCUAUAAACUUUUGCAAGCCUGUUGCUAAAUUACCAAAGGACAAAAGGGCGUUGGUGUCUGCUGCAAUUUCAGGAAAGCCAUAUUUUUUCUUUGGCUCUGAUUCUGCCCCACACCCGCUUUCCAACAAAGCCAGGCACAUUAACGUCUGUGCAGGUGUUUACUCGCAGUCUUUGGCAAUUCCAUACUUGGCACAAGUUUUUGAAGAGCAAGACUCCAUUGAUAAAUUGAAAGGUUUCGUAUCAGAUUUUGGUCUUCAGUUCUAUGGUGUCAAGAAAGAAGAUUUAAAGAGUCUUGACGAAGCAAUCAUAUUCAAGAGAAAGCAGGUUGUGCCAAAUAGUAUUUCAGAUGGGGAAGGUAUAAUAGUAGCUCCCUUUAAAGCAGGUGACAAACUUGAUUGGUCUGUAAAGUGGGCAAGCAAAUAA